AACGCCUUUGAAGUUUGGAAUGGGGUUUUGCACUUUGGUUAUCUGUUAACCUACUGAAUCACAUAUAACUGUCAUAUGGGUGGUCAUGAUGGCGUCUUUCCUUAGCUGUUGGACAAACCAGUUUGUAUUGAUUACCUUAGCAAUUCUGGACACACUAAUCAUCGACGUGUCAACAACGGUUACCGCCCCUCCUGGCGCAGGCUCGCUGUUUUCACAGAGAAACGAAUUAAACGACUUUGUCGCCCCCGGGCCAUCAGUAGCCGUGUACCCCGGCGUUGGAAGCGCUCAGUACUGUGCGCUGUGGUGUUCCAUGGACACCGAAUGUCUGUCGUUCUUCUAUAACAAACUGACAGCCUCCUGCGACCUGCGGCACGACAUCCUCCCACUAGGCGUGACAGCGGCGUCGAACCCAGGCUCCAGAUACUUUGCACUAAAUACAAAAUGCACCGUCCUCCCUACAAUUAUACCCAACGGGCAUCCUCAACCGAACUCCAGCAACUCGGUGUGGACGGUUGGUGACGUCAUAUCCGUGACCUGUGACGCGGCGCGCGUGCUGUAUGGCCAGUUACGGUGUGAAGGAGGGAAUAAGUGGAAUAUCCCGGCAUGUGAGAUUCCAUCGUGUGCUGCUUUAAAGGCUUGUGACGUCAACGCUGUGGACGAAGAAUACUGGCUUUUCCCCGCAAUCUUGCAAGGUCAGAAGGUCAAGGUCUACUGCAGCGAUAUGACGUCAGCGACGCCAAAAGAGUAUAUCACUCUAGAGGGAGAUAACUAUGGCCAAUCGCCAAACAUCAGCAAUAAGAACUGCGAAGGAGAAACCCAAUCUAAAGUACCUAACUUGGUUGGAGAAUCGUCAUACACCAAGAUCAGAAUCAAUCUCACGGUAAGCGACUAUAGUACCCGAUGUGGUUGA